AUGGCAGGGGUUCAGUUUGACAUGAUAUCGGUGAAGGACAAAGUGACUUUGGAGCGUGCUAUUAUGGAAAAAGAGCUGUCUGUUCUGGUAAAUGGUACGCCGGCGGGUUUUUUUCCAACUCAUCGAGGUCUUCAUCACUGGGAUCCUUUGUCUCCAUUACUGUUCAUUUCAGUGAUGGAGGCAUUGAGUAGACUGUUGGAUAAGGUUGUUCAUGAAGGUCUACAGGUGAAUUUGAGAAAGCCGGAGAUGAUUCCGGUGCGGAAGGUAGAGAGAUUGCCAGUCUUAGCGGCAGUGUUGGGUUGUAAGAAGUUAGCUUUGCCAACUACCUAUUUGGAUUUGCCUUUGGGGGCAUCAUUGAAGGUCAAAGGGGUGUGGGAAGCAGUGGUAUAG